UUUGUUCCUUCAUCCCUGCAACAUAUAGACAAUCAUCAAUCAACUGUUUCACCUUCCUUCAAUCGGUCUAUUCAACUCAAACAAAAUGACGAAAGACAUGACAGGAAAACCCGUCUUUUUCAAGAAAAACACUCUCAUCCGAAGACAAAAACUCGCCGUUCUCCUCCACAGCUCAGAACCAAACGUUUUCAUCACCACCCACCAACAACCGGAAAACAUCGAUCACCGCAGUAGCAACGCCUCAUUACCUAGCCCUGACUUGUCUUCAAAUUCAUCUCCAGUCUACCCCAUGUCACCAAUCAACCAGAUGCCAUCACCCUACUCCAAAUCUCCUUGGACUCUUCCUCAUGGUAGCAAUGGCGACGAAGGUAGCAUCCACAACACUGCCUUGAUCGGGUCUUUGAUACGUGAAGAGGGUCAUAUCUAUUCGUUAGCGUCUUCGGGGGAUUUGUUGUACACAGGUUCGGAUUCGAAGAACAUUAGAGUGUGGAAGAAUCUGAUGGAGUUUUCUGGUUUCAAAUCAAGUAGCGGUUUAGUCAAAGCGAUUGUUGUUUCCGGUGAUCGCAUAUUUACCGGCCACCAGGAUGGGAAAAUUCGGGUGUGGAAAUAUUCAGACAAGAAGAAAAAAGCUUACAAACGCGUAGGUAAUCUCCCCACGACGAAAGAUUACAUCAAGAAGUCAAUGAACCCUAAUAAUUACAUUGAAGUAAGACGUCGUCGUAACGUUCCAUGGAUCAAGCAUUACGAUGCUGUUGCUUGCAUGAGUUUGGAUGAAGAACGAGGGUUAUUGUAUUCAGGAUCGUGGGAUAAAACAAUGAAAGUUUGGAGGCUUUCAGAUUCAAAAUGUUUAGAAUCUGUAAACGCUCAUGACGACGCCAUUAAUUCCGUCGUCGUUGGGUUUGACGGUUUGGUUUUUACCGGGUCCGCCGACGGGUCGGUGAAGGUGUGGCGGAGGGAGUUAGUCGGGAAGACCACAAAACACGUUUUGGUUUACACGCUUUUGGAUCAGGACAGCGCUGUCACGUCUGUGGUGGUGAACACCUCUCAAACCACCGUGUACGCGGGAUCCUCCGAUGGACUGGUGAACUUCUGGGAACGGGAGAAGCAAACGUUAUCACACGGCGGAGUUCUGAGGGGACACAAGCUUGCAGUGCUUUGUCUCGCAACUGCCGGAAACUUGUUGCUGAGUGGGUCGGCGGACAACAGCAUCUGCGUGUGGCUGAGGGAAGGUGGCGGCAUUCAUAAUUGUUUGUCGGUCUUGAAUGGCCACACUGGUCCGGUGAAAUGUUUGGCGGUUCAGGACUCGAGUGAAGAUGAUGAUCAGAAAAAUCAAGAAUGGAUUGUGUACAGUGGUAGUCUGGAUAACUCGGUAAAUCUAUGGCGGGUAUCAGAAGAGCCGGAAAUUACCAUAUGAAGCUUAAGGAAUUGACAACACGCGCCGCCCUUUAGUGGUGGAGAUCCAUGAUCGCACUCAAAUUAAGAGAAUUUUGAGAAUCGUCGAUUGAAAUGAUGGAUAAAGAUCACAAAAGUUUGCAUUAGAUAGAAAGCGUGAAAACGUUUGAUCAGAUGGUUUGUUGAUGAAGAUCUAUCACCGGCCAGCCUUCCAAAAAUUUGUUUUAUUAUUUUAUAUAUAAAAUGUAAAUGGAAGUCAUGAUUUCUUUUUGAUGAUGAAGAAACUGUAGCAUUUGUAAAUGUUUAUAUAUAACAAAAUAUAAAAGUGUGUA